AGCCCCCUAAUCACAGUACUGGGAACCAAACCUUUACUGGAUUCCUGAGCCGAUGGACGGAGCAAAGGCGCUGUUCCUUUGAUUUUGAGUUGCAGACUGGGCAGGCGACGCUUCCUGUCGAUUUGGGCGUUAUAUAAGGAGAUUUUUCGCCAGAUUGAUAAUUAAAACUGCUCGACAUGUCGGGCGCAUGUCGGACAUGGGCUUUGCAGACUGGAGUGGGGUGGCGUUGUGGCUGUUAUGCAAAUCGUGCGACUGGGAAAGCAGUUUACUUUUACUUUUCAAAUCGAUUAUAUGUGCACACAGUGCACAGCGCCAUUUCGUGCCCGCCCAGAGCACACUAACCCACUAAAUCGCUCCAAGUUGUACGUAUAUUGUGGCAUUCGGAACGAAUUGGGUUUUGGGCUAUACAAUUCGCGAGCUUCCCAAGUGGAGUCGUUAACCUGCCGCCGAAGUCAUUAUCUAAUGAUUCCCUGCCUGGCACUGCUGGCCGUGAGUGGAGCGCUGAAGAUCCACGACUACCACCAGGGCCACGAGGAGUACGAGCACCACGAACAUCAUGAGCACCACGAGCCGGAGCACCACGUCAAGUACGAGCCGGAGCACGAGGAGACGGAGCUGCACCACGAGGUGGACCACAAGCACGCCACCUCGCACCAGAGCGUCAAGUUCCACCACUACCACGCCGUGCCCGUCUACAUCAAGAAGGAGGACCAGCACCUGGUGAAGAAGCCCAUCGAGAUCGGCGGCACCAAGCAGAAGCUAAAGAUCCUGCACCCGAAGACCGAGCACAACCACAACCACGGACUGGUCCUCGAAAACCACAGCGAGUCGCACCACGAGCACGGCCACUACGAGGAGCCGGUGCACCACUCGGAGCACUAUGAGCACUACUCGCACCACGAGUAGGAAUGAGCU